AUGCACAGAAACACUCUGCAGAUGUUCCUGCACUUACCAAUAAAUAACCAAACACGAAUCAACUCAGUUUCACCCUGAUCAGUCAGCCGGACCACCGGUAAAAAUGUCAGUCAAGAUUCUCUCCAUCACGCUCCUCCUGCUCUCAAUAUGUGUGUGUUGCCACUCCUCUGAAGUUCCAGCUCAUCCUGGAAAGAGACGACCGUGCUGCGUUGACGUCACCUACAUGAAUAAGAGCGUCGAGGUGGUGGGGGAAACAUAUCGUGAGCAGGCUGCAAGACCACCCUGUGUGAAGGCUAUAAUUUUCAACACAGGAAACAGAGGACAACUUUGUGCUGAUCCUAACGCUCAGUGGGUCAAGCAGCUCACUGCCCACAUGACGAAGGUGUAGUGAAGUGAAGUUCUCUGGUGAAGCAUCACUGCCUGUCUCCUUUGAGAUCACCUUUAAAAACGUAUUUUAACUCGAGUGCUUUCUUAAUGUAACUGUUUCUUUCUGCUUUCAUUUACAUUUACUCUAACCUGUUGAAUAAUCCUAUUGUUUAUUCUAGGUGACGGCUUUAGUCUUUUUUUGGACCAGCUGUUUUCAAAUGGAUACUUUUUGACUUCCUUUGUUUUUGUCUUUCUUGCUUAUUCAUGAAUUUCUUUCUUUGUAUUAUGUGUUGAUGUGAAGCACAUUCUGGCAGCAAAAAAUAAUAUAAAAAAAUAAACUUUUGUAUUAUUGAGCAAA